UUCGGACAGUUCUACGUUGGUAAGGAUUUGACGCUUGCGUAACAGUAUUCGUAUAGUGUUAGUUGUGAUUAUUUUGCAGCAGUACGUUCAUAGUGACAAUCUCAGACAGUUAUUCCAACUGUUUGGUGAUUGAUUCGUAUCAAUAAGACAUGUUGCGGAAAAUUAAAACUACUGAUAACUACGUAACUCUAAUGAAAGUUUGAUUUCGCUGAUACACGUAUUUGAAAUAUUUGAAACUCUGACGUGUUUCUCACAUAUCUCAACGAAAGUCUAGAGCAUCUCGAUAGUCAAGUAUUUUGUUGUUAAAAUGGCCGGUACCAAUCCUGUUGACCACAGAAGAAAAUGGGACAAAGCUCAUUUUGAGAAAUUGGCGAGUGAUAAACUUAGCAAUGAGUUAGAAGCUAUGCGAAAUGCUCGAAAAGAAAAGGAAACUAUGAAAAAGGAGUACUUAAAAGCUCGUGAUUAUACAAUUGACCUGGAAUCUAACCUGAACAAAUCUCAAGUUAUUGCAAAGACCGGACCAGGAUCUUCACAAGCAGGCUACUACUGUGAAGUUUGUGACUGUGUUGUGAAAGAUUCAAUUAACUAUUUGGAUCAUAUAAACGGUAAAAAACAUCAAAGGAAUAUGGGAAUGUCAAUGAGGAUUAAGAGGUCAACUUUAGAAGAAGUUAAAGAAAGGUUUCAGCUUCACAAGCAAAAAUCCGAAGAAAAGGCGGAAGAGUACAGUUUAGAUGAAAAAAUGAAACAAAUUGCCGAGGAAGAAGAGAAAUUUAGGGCUUAUAAACAAGAAAAACGCAAAGAGAAAAAGCGUAGAAAUGAUGAACAGUUUGAAGAUUCUGACGUCGCAGCAGCUAUGGGAUUUGGUGGUUUUGGUAAGAGAUCAAAGUGACCGUUGUACACAUUUGUAAAUAAUCAGUUCCUGUAAUUGUGUAUUAUAUUUCAGUGAACGAUAAAUUUUAUACUUCU